UUCUACCGCAAUCUGCUUAUUCCAUGGUAAUCGGCCCUUUUGGAGGUGCAUCAGGUCGUGAUUUUAUAUGUGUUCAAUCUCUAAAUGGAAUAUUGAGUGUUUUUGAACAGGAAUCCAUUGGAUUUAAAUGUGUUCUGCCAAAUUUUUUACUGCCCUCAUCGAUUUGUUAUGUUAUGCGCACAGAUUCUUUUAUCACUGUUACUUCAAAUUGGUUCGUGGAAUGUUACAGAUACCAAAAUAUGUCACAAUCUGAAAGUUCUGGCAACUUGACGCCAACAUGGUAUUACAAUUUAGGAGAAGGCAUCUUAAAUAUUAUGGCAUUACCAUUGACUAGCACUGAGACUGUUAUUGUGAUUCUUGGCGAGAAAAAUUUAUAUUGUUUGACUGAUUUGGGAAAAUUGAAAUUUAUGAAGAAGUUGGAUUUUGUGCCAAUAUGUCUUCAUGCAUAUGUCAUUGGAUGGUAUUGGGAACCCGAUGCAAGGUUAAUGGUGGCAGUUGCUUCAAACUUAGGAACGUUACUAUUGUAUGAAGGAACCAGUUUAAGAUGGUCUGCGCAGCUGCCAUGCAUACCGGUUGCUAUGUCUAAAGCUUCAGUUGCUGAACUUCCAAGUGCUCUGGUAACAUUAUCAGAAGAUGGUCAUUUGCAAUGCAGCUACCUUGGAACGGAACCUGAAUUGUUUUCUGCUCCACCUAUGAGUCUGAAACCUAUUGAUUAUGAAGAAGCCAAAUUAGAAUUAGAAAAUUUACAUGCUAUCAUUAAGUCAAAUACAGAUUCAGCAGAUUUGAUAUUGAUAAAUACUACAGCAGAAAAGGAGAUACAGAUCAAUAUAAAUAUUGAUUCAACUUUGAGACCACUACCACAUAAUGCACAAGAAACAUUUAAACUUGAUGACAAACCACGCUCGGUCAAUUCUAUGAGAAUUGUAGCUAAAAUAAAACCUAGCACAAAUUCUUUUGAACAAAUACAAGUUUCUGCAAUGGUCCCUUCUCCUUUAUCGCUUUUCAAUUAA